CCAAAUUUUCGUCUUCUCUAUACUAGGAUAUAUAAAAAUCAAUAAAACAAUUUUUGAUUAUUUAAUGUUUCAAUUUACCAAUAUUUAAGGAAAUAUCAAACUUUUGUCAAUAAAGGCAUAUAGUUUAUAAGUAAUGCAGAUUAGUCAGUUUAAAAUCAGUUUGUAAAGAACGCUUUUUACAAAAGUUACUAAAAUAUUUUUAAAAAUUAAACAAGGAUUAUCAGUGGCUUAUCUAGAGGAAUUUGAACUAACUUCAGUACAACUUUCAAAAAUUGCUGAUCAUGAUGAAUGAAACCAGUCUUUUUAUGUAUUCGACACAAACUUUUCAAUUUUUGUCAAUACUAAGUUACACUGACAAACUGAGCAAUAUAUUUUACAAUCAAGAUUUAUUAGAAUCAAACAAUCAAUUUCAACACUAUGCAAUCAUCAAUGCGUACUUUGAACAUCUCAACAGAACGAACAACGAGGAAGAAGCGAAAAGGCGUCUCGUUCAAAAUCUACUCCAAGGAUCUGACCUUUACGGAGGGCAUGAAAAUGAAACACUCGACAUGGAAUAUGUCGACGCAACGUUUCAGUAUAUUAUAAGUAACAUUGUAUUUGCGGACUAUGGAAAUGUCUAUGGAUACUUGGCAAAAAUCGUCAACUUGGCAAAUAACUUGACACUUUCGUUCCUCAAACAAAAUAUCCUCGAGGAUCUAAUGAGACUCGAGUUUUUGACUCCAGAGGGAACGAUUUCAAAACUCAGUCUUCUGUCAUCUGUUAGAAUCAGAGACGACUUUCUUUUGUCUCUGUUCCCUCAACCAGAAAAGGACAUGAACAUAACUGACAUUGACUACAUUUAUGCUCAAGCUGGUUUAAUAUUUGCUCACUCGGGGAAAAUUAACACAACUAACGUGACUUUCAAUGAUUUCAUCGUAAUAUCGCAGACUUUGGAAUUGGCAGUCUUAGAGAACACGACAAAUCAAUCUGCAUUGACAGUUUUUACUCUUCCAGCUCUUCUCUUCAAUGCAAGUAACGAAGCAAAAAAAUUCAAUCAACAAUAUGUGGCUGACUGUGUUCAGAAUGAAACUUUCUUGGCAGAAACGCUAAACAGUUUAUUCUCAUACUUAAAUGAAACCUUCCUGACAAUUAAUCGAGAGGCAUACGAGAGCAGUCCAUUUUAUCAAUUCAAUAUUACCAUGUCGCACUUCAAAAGUCGUACUGACCUGGCAGAACAUUUUUUACGUCAACAAUGUAAUUUGGAAAAUGAAACUGAAUCAGCUAUUGACAAAUACAAGUUAUUCGCAUCGAGCAGUAAGUGCCCGAAUAAUGAAAGUAUAUUAUUGCCCAACGUGGAUCAAGUUUACCAAAGUCAGGUUGAUGUGCUUCAAGAAAAAUAUCACUCUCUUAUGGAGAUAUUACUGCAGCAAGUGUUUUCUUAUGCCGGAUUAGUGGACUUGAUUAAUUCAACAAAAACCGCUGUUUACGAAAGUCAGACAGUUCCAAUUCCGACUUCUUGUUUUCCAUAUCCUUGUCCACCGUACCAACCACGUCUUAAUCCAAAUAUUUAUUUAUUUGCCUUGAGAACAGCGGAUGGUAAUUUUUAUUAUGCAUUGGACAAAAGUGGGAGUAAUUUAAAUUUGCUGUACUACAACAGCGAUCCAGAGGAAUUUUUAAACAAAAUCGGCUUACCACCGAAAGCAGAACUUGAGAUAUCCGCAAUUCCAACAAUUUUAAAACACUCCUUUGAAACUUACGAAACGUUUAUUGAUCGCUUAGCACGUUUGAAAGCCAAAGAAUUUGCAAAUCAAUUGUACUCCACAGGAUAUGAGAAAACGUUCAAAGAGAAGAUAGUGGACGUGUUAGUAGCUUUUGUUCCCUUUUACAAUUGCAUUAAAUUCGCGAAAGCAGGUGAUAACGUGGGUGCUUCGUUUUCAUGCAUUAGUGAUGUCAUCAGUUGGAUUCCUUUCGGAGGUCAAUUACUGCAGCUUAGCAGUAAACUUGGAACUAUGACUUUUAAUCACCUACUCCUUGCCACUGGAGUCUCUGUUAAAACUUUCACUACAAGACAAGCUAUUCGCAUUUCGAUGGAAGUUGGACUUUACGAGGCUUCGUCAGGAUUAGCGGAAAUGGUGAAGAACGUGAUUUUUACUAAAGAGAUGUUCAAGAAUCUGUUUGUGGGUUUAGUUCGCACAGUAGAUCCUGGUUUUGAAUUGGUUGGCAGACUGCACUGGAAAGGAGGAUUAUUGCUGGGAAAACUGUUCAAAAAGACUUGGACAGUGGCUGCAAAGAAGUAUCCACUCAUAAAAGUGAAUUUCCCCAAGGAAAUCUCGCAGCAGUUGUCCAAAGCGAGUCUCCAGUCGGCAGAUGAUUCUGGAAUGAUUCCCGUUUUACUAGGACAGAGGGACGGUUACGACGUCUUUAGAUACACAUACCCCGGUGGAGAAAAGACAUUUGGACCAAAAUUUCUUCGUUUACCGAAUACAAAUGCAGAAUUAAGACAGGUCAUGGGCUUUAAUGCAGAGACUCCCGUAGUUGUGUCAAGAAUUAACAAAUAUAAUGUGUAUUACAAAAAGAUUGAUUUGAAAACACAAAAUACUUACGGUUUGGAAUUGGAAUUGAACGGAGACGGUUUGCUUCAACCUGUCAGAGCUCCAUUUCGUGAGCACAUUGCAACAAUUGUGAGAGAAGGAUUGAGCGGGAGAGGGGCAUUGAAAUUACAAAGAGAAACUGCUAUUAGAGAAGCUACUUUAAUGAUAUUGAAAUCAAAUACUUUUCUGAGUCGUUCUAGUAUUAUUUCUUAUUUACGUCACUACAUUUUAGCAUUUGAACGUCCGUUAGAUAUGCAGGAGGAUCUUAGUAAAAUUAUAAUUGAUCCAGUUUUAAUCAAUCAAAUCGAAGAAGUAAAUCCUAGUUCAAUAAAGCAACUGUUGGGAAAAGGUCCAUUGAUUGUGGAUCCAUCGUUAAACAAUUAUUUAGUGGUUCCUACUUACAGGGAUUUCGCGCUAGAUUGGGUCAGAACUCAAAACAUACAUGAUACAUAUGAGAAAUUUCAUGUGUUACACUCAAAUGAAUUAGAGCGGUUGAGGACCGUUGAUGUUUUUGAUUCCAUAAAUGUAUUCGACUUAGCAUCGGCUAAAAAACUAAUUUCGUUUAAUUAUGGUGACAAUUUUCAAGAAUUGCUAACAAUAGAUUUAGCGAGUGUUCUUAGUAAUUAUGAUUCUUAUAACGCUCGAUUCUGUGUUGAUUUUCCUGAUUAUUUUGGCAUAUUGGUUUAUAUACAAAAUGCCUUUAAAAGAUCAAUAUCGAAUGACGUUAAAAGACAUAUGUCCAGGGCACUGUUUAGAUUAGCAGUGAGACAAACUGACGAGGAGAUAAUAGAUUUUCCCAAAAAAAUUUUUUUUUUUGAACGAAAGUCUAUAAAACAAAUUAACGAAAAUAUGUUUGAUUCUUUCUUUCGCAAUGGCAAAUCUUUCACAAUAGGCAAUUUUCAACGAGUAUCAACGCAAGAAAAGUUUGUUGAUAGAGCGAUUUACAAUCUUUUUUGGAAUAAUAAUAUAAUACCUGUAAAAUACGAGAUACAUCUGGAUGAACAAUUUUUGGCAGUAAAUUUGGCUCGUUUGAUUUCUCUUGAUGAAGAAAAGUUCGUUAUUUUUCCUUUUACAGAAUUUCAUUUAGAUGAAGUAAUUGAAAAAGUUGAUAGUAUUCAUGUGAAAAUGCACAAUUUGCCUAUUUCGAAAGAAUUAUGGUUAGUACGAUUAAUGAAACAUCGUGGGAGAAAUUUUUAAUUUAUUUAGUUUUUGUAGUUUUUGUAUAUAUGUUAUUUCCUUAUUAUCGUUAUCCUACAAUUAAUUAUUUGCUUAUUUUACUUAAGGGGUUACAUGGGUUUACUCGGCAAAAAAAAGGACUAUUUUCAACAAUUUUUUUUAUAUGAGUGCGAUUCCAAGUGAGAUUUUGACUUUUUCGGAGUAGGUUAACCGAUUGCAAUGAAACUUUGGAAUUUUGUUAUAUAUAGUAAGACUAAUCUUUAACGUAAAUUUCAGCCUAAAAUAUUUGUUAGUUUACGAGAUUUGCAAUAAUAACAAAAAAUUUAAAACUGCUAUAUCUUCCGUUCUAAUAAACGGAUUGAGGUCUACUUUUUUUUAAAAUGUCAAGGAAAAUGAGAGGAAUAAAUCUCUUUCAGAACAUUUUUUUAUAAUUUUACAACUAAAAAAAUUAUUAAAUAAUAAUUGAAUAACUUUCGCGCGACUAACUAAAAUUCAAUCACUUAAACGCUAAAAUGAUCUUACCUGUGUUUUCUUUAAUGUUCCAAAGGAUUUUUAUUGUAAAUGUAAGUUUAACUUAAGAAAUUUUAUUAAUUUAUUAGUAUAAACAAUUGAGAUUUCUGCUAGUUGACGUGCAGACGACAUUGCGCACGCAGCAUUCUCACAUAGCCAACUGACGUGAUUCGUGGACUAAAUUGGCUAUGUGAGAAUGCUGCGUGCGCAAUGUCGUCUGCACGUCAACUAGCAGAAAUCUCAAUUGUUUAUACUAAUAAAUUAAUAAAAUUUCUUAAGUUAAACUUACAUUUACAAUAAAAAUCCUUUGGAACAUUAAAGAAAACACAGGUAAGAUCAUUUUAGCGUUUAAGUGAUUGAAUUUUAGUUAGUCGCGCGAAAGUUAUUCAAUUAUUAUUUAAUAAUUUUUUUAGUUGUAAAAUUAUAAAAAAAUGUUCUGAAAGAGAUUUAUUCCUCUCAUUUUCCUUGACAUUUUAAAAAAAAGUAGACCUCAAUCCGUUUAUUAGAACGGAAGAUAUAGCAGUUUUAAAUUUUUUGUUAUUAUUGCAAAUCUCGUAAACUAACAAAUAUUUUAGGCUGAAAUUUACGUUAAAGAUUAGUCUUACUAUAUAUAACAAAAUUCCAAAGUUUCAUUGCAAUCGGUUAACCUACUCCGAAAAAGUCAAAAUCUCACUUGGAAUCGCACAUGAAGAAAUAAAUAUUUUAUUCGUAACUUUUUAGUUCUUUAAACAUACAUAUUUAAAUAAGAAUUUUAUAAAUUUUUAAAGAAAAAUAUGCAGAAGUCAGCCAUUGAGACGUCAUUUCCGGUGACCCCUCGGAAAAUAAGUGCGUCCGCGUUGACAGCACAAUUCCUAACAGAAUCAUCUGAAAUUAAAAAAUUGAAGAUUUUCUUUUAGUACAGACCUAAAACUAAAAAUUGGACGAAGGGGAAAAAAAAAGUUAAAAUUGGAUUUUUGGCGCACCUUUUUACAAAAGAAUGCAAAUUUUGAUCAAAUUUUCUCAACAUUUUUUUUUUAAUAGUUGUAAUUGAAGAAAAAAAAAUCCUUCGUCCAAGUUCUCGAGAAUUGUAUCUCGAAGGCCUGUGCAAAAUUUCAUGAAGAUCGGUUGAGUAGUUUCCGAGAUAUUUUGACAACCGACUUUAAAAACACAGUUUCGAGAAAAACGUAUUUUAAGUUUUGAGUACACGGGAAAAAGAGAAACGUUGGAUUAAUACCGUUUUCCGAUUGGUUCAACGUCAGUGGGCCCUGUCACGAUUUCGGCAUUGAUUCAACAGACUUUUACUGUUGAACCUACUGUCCAUCUAUUGUUACAAGUAAGUUGAUCCAACAGACACUGCCUACAGCGCUCCUUGCCGUUGAACCAAUCGGAAAACGGUAUUAAUCCAACGUUUUUCUUUUUCCCGUGUACCAAUAAAAGUGAAAAAAAAAGAUUUUUUUAACUUACAUUGAAUCGUCGAUUCCUGUGCCAUAAAGUUAACUGCCUGCAGCAGCUGCAAUGUCCAGGGCAUCCUUCUGUUCCUGUCUUUGGCGAAUUCUGGCUUGUCGAGUCUCUGUCGCAGAUUUUUUUCGGCUGCGCACACACGGUUUUCGUCUGUGGUUUGGGCAUAUUCGUGGGAAUUUCGGCCAAAUUUUUAUUCGGAUCGAUUUAAAAAUUUCGGACAAUAUUUUUGAGAUGUUGUAUAAAUUAAUAAAACAAUUAAAAAAAUUGAUUUUUUUGAAGCUGCCAAACCCAUGUAACCCCUUAAUAAAAUGAAUUUUAGUUGAAUAAAGCGAAAUAGAAAAAAAGAUGAUCUUACCUUUUAAAAUUUUAAUUUCUGAUUAAUUCUUUUAUUGUCCUACAACCAUUUCUCCUAAUACACAAAAUGGAUAUUUCUUUGAAUUAAAUUCCCUAUUUUCGUAUUUUCCCUAAAAGUCCCCUUUUUGCUAUUUGGCCCUAAAAGUACCCUAUUUUUAAAUUUUCAGUCCUCUAUUUCCUCUAAAAUAUUUUUUAGGAUCACUAUGAAGCUUGAAAAUCAUUAAUUU